UUUCCAUAAAUAAAAAAUAAUUCUGCAAUUAUCACUCCCAUGUGGAUUGGAUCAAUUGAAAAAGGCGUAUCUAUUAUUAAUAUUAACUAGUUAUUAUUAAACAACCAACCAUUCGCUAACAAAAAUGCAACCAGGUCGUCGGUUUAAAAGAUAAUGUAACAUAGGUUGCGCCAAUUUGCCGUUUAAUUGUAGGAAAUCGCUUGUAAUUCGACAAUACACAAUAGUAUUUAGAAAUCUGAUUCCUGUGCGAUUAGUUUCGCGACGUGAACGCUUCUGUGUACACGCUUACACGAAAUUUACGAGUGUGUCUAAAUGAUUGUGCUACCGUAUAUUACCUUGUGUUUAAUCCCCUGUUAUAUUUUCAAGUCUACAAUAAACAGGACGAUUUAAUUGCACGUUAAUACCCCAAUAUAAUUUUAGCACACCGCAGUGAUGUCACAUAAUUUACUAAUAACAGAUAAGGCCAGCAAAAUGUUUAAAGAAUUUAAACGAAGUGGGCUACAGAGUUAAUUUAUGCAGUAGAUUGCGCACUCUGGAUCGAGUUACUGCCACCGGAUCGUCUCACUAACGAGGUUUGGUGUCUUGACGCUUUUCCAGAAAACUCUUUACCUUGUAAACUUUUUAAUCUGCUCGUUGAUAUUGAUUCUUAUUUCUUAGUGAAUUUACAAACAUUACCGAUACGGUUCUCAAUUGUACGCCAUCCACGAAUGGUUUCUGCCGAACCGGUGCAAUACUUUCCAUAUUUAAUUCGUGUUUUUCUGUUCUCUUCCUUGUGUGUUGACAUAUCGACGUUCGGAUAUGACUCACAUAUGGUAAACUUGCAGAGAAAGUUCGUGUUUUGACCAAAGCAAGAAAAGUGAUAGGUUCGCCGGUUCUCGCAAAAUACGAACUACUGCGCACUGCAGUGAAACUUUUUAUGUGGCAUGAUAGUAAAAGUUUAUUGUUCUUCGAAUCACAAAGCGGAUUCAUUGUGCUUUAGCUCGUCUGUGUGCUUUCAUGUUUGUACAGCUUCGUUUGACGGGAAAAUUAACGUUUCAGAAUUUUAUCUUUAACACACAAUAUUGUAACCGAUAGCUACAGUUCAGUGCGUACUCGUUAAACCAGUGAUAACGGGAAUGAUUCGGUUCGAGUGUGUGUGAUAGUGUUGGAUAAAGUGCAAAAUGUUGGUGUCUCCUAUAUCGUCAGCCAACCUGACCAGCCACUCUCUUUCCUCGAUGUUUCGGAGGCGCCGAAACCGCUCACCCGUCACGACUCGACCAGAGAAACAACUGUCAGCGCUCGCAUCAGGGCCUCCUCCUCCUGCUCCCAUAGUGCCAAGGUCGGCUGAUGGCCCCCGACCACCAGGCUGGAACGGCCAGCCCCGAAGACAUGGCUCCAGCAGGUUCAACGUCCACAAUCACAACCAGGAGCUCGUGAAAUUACCACCUAUCAAAGAUGCACCAGCGGCGGAGCGCGAACAGCUGUUCGUUCAGAAGUUGCAGCAAUGCUGCCUUCUCUUCGACUUCGCAGACGAGCCCCUCUCCGACCUCAAAUGGAAGGAGGUCAAAAGGGCAGCACUCCUGGAAAUGGUUGAAUACGUGACGUCACAAAGAGGCGUUAUUACUGAACCUAUAUACCCUGAGGCGGUUAAUAUGUUCGCGAUAAACUUAUUCCGGACACUACCGCCGUCGUCGAACCCCAAUGGUGCGGAGUUCGAUCCUGAAGAAGACGAGCCGACGUUAGAAGCGGCCUGGCCUCACCUACAACUAGUCUACGAACUGUUCCUAAGGCUACUAGAGUCGCCUGACUUCCAGCCCAACAUCGCCAAGAAGUAUAUCGACCAGAAGUUUGUUUUACAAUUACUAGAACUAUUUGACUCUGAAGAUCCAAGAGAGCGAGACUUCUUAAAGACGACUCUCCACAGGAUAUAUGGCAAGUUCUUAGUUCUACGGGCGUACAUACGGAAACAAAUCAAUAAUGUGUUCUAUAGGUUUAUCUACGAGACAGAGCAUCACAACGGUAUCGCGGAGUUACUGGAGAUCCUCGGCUCCAUCAUCAACGGGUUCGCGUUGCCGCUCAAAGAGGAACACAAACUAUUCUUAUUGAGGGUGUUAUUACCGCUGCACAAGGCGAAGUCCCUGUCAGUGUAUCAUCCGCAGCUCGCCUACUGCGUCGUGCAGUUCCUGGAGAAGGAUCCGUCGCUCACACAGCCUGUAGUUAGGGCACUACUAAAAUAUUGGCCGAAGACGCACUCGCCGAAGGAGGUGAUGUUCCUGAACGAGAUGGAGGAGAUCUUGGACGUGAUAGAGCCAGCCGAGUUCCAGAAGAUCAUGGACCCGCUGUUCAAGCAGCUCGCUAAAUGCGUCUCCAGUCCACACUUCCAAGUAGCAGAGCGCGCCCUCUACUACUGGAACAACGAGUACAUAAUGUCCCUUAUCUCGGACAACGCGACGCACAUACUGCCCAUAAUGUUCCCGUCACUAUAUCGCAACACCAAGAGCCACUGGAACAAGACUAUACAUGGCCUCGUCUACAACGCGCUCAAGCUAUUCAUGGAGAUGAACCAGAAACUCUUCGAUGAAUGCACGCAGCAGUACAAGCAGGAGAAACAGAAAGAGCGGGAACGGCUGCAGCAGCGCGAGGAAGUAUGGCAGGCGCUGGAGGCGCGCGCGGCCGCCGCCCCCGCCGCGCCGCGCCCCGCCGCGCCGCCCGCAGACAGGGACGACCUCGCCACGCUCACCUACCAACGGAUCGAACAGGAGGCGCAGGAGCUCAGAAAACAAGGCUACAAUGCUAGCAAACCCCUUCUACGCAAGAAGUCAGAGCUUCCGGCGGACUCUACGACAGUGAAAGCGUUGAUUGAGCACAAGCGAGCCGACCCGUACCUGUCCACUCCGCCGGACGUCAACCAAUGCUAGCAACACCGACCCAGCCCGCACACAUACACGAUAGAAAGCUUCACAGCUAAUCUCAAUGCAGGUGGAAUACAAAACAUGCCUUAGAACAUUUUCUACAGUACCUUUUCGAAGAAUAAUUUCGCCCACCGUGAUACAAAAUUGUCUAAAGUGAUGCAUAAAGCUACAAAUUCCACUUCAAUGCAUUUUGAAAAUUCAAUGUAUGUCAACGGCCUCUCAUGGGAUGUUUACGACAAAUUACCUAAUAUUAUGCCAAUACGUGUUUUAAAGUGCCGAACGUUUCGACCGCUGGCAACACCGCGGUCGCCCGAGUGUGCGAGCGAGAGGACGCUAUAUGAGUGACACGAGUGACGCAUUGUGCUCGAUAUUGAUUAGUUAGUACACAUAUAUUAUUAUGGUAGUGUCCUUUUGUUGAUGUUUUAUAUCCACUUGGGUCGACAAUCGCGUUCGGAUCGCGUGAUCACCGACCAAUCGGAUGCUGUUCGCUUUUGCGUGCUAUCGCCUGAUUGGUUGGUUAUCACGUCAUAUAAAAUUGCUACUUAAUGUACUCAAAGCACUGCUGUUAUUGUAUUAUAUUGUAAAAGGAGUUUGUUCGUCGCGUUGUCGACCUUUAUACGAAAAGUGAUGCAAAUUAACAUUGUGAGUGGCUGGGAUAGAGUUUUCUUUCUGUGGUCUUUCACGAACACAUUACAUUACAUUACUUACCUAUCAAGUUCAAAUUCUGAACGUAAUAAACGUUUCUUAGUUGUUAGCUAUAUUUCCGUCUCUUUUACACUUGUGACGUGAGACAAAUACAGAUAUACCUAAACCAAAUUACUAACUAAGAAAACGUUUAUUAAUUCAACCUUUUGUACAGAUUUACAUACAUUUUCUCGUAAUCCGGUACGGACGUGUGUUCCUAACAUUUCAUCUUCAAUACGCAUCACAAGGCGACUCGUUUUAGUUACUCGAAAUUUUAUUUAAAUAUAUUUUUAAUUAUAUAACAGGUUUAUAUACCAUUCCACGCGCGAACCACCUACGAAAUGUUUACAAGAACUUCUUAGCCCAAUCGUGUAUUUAAUUUAAAACUAUUUUUAGAUUAUAAUCAUGUUGUUUAAAGGCCAUACGGUUUUUUAAAACGAGAGAAUAUCAAUUGUAAAGACCAAAAGAAAAUAUGAAUAAUCCAGUCUUAUGAUUGGUCAGUUACAUUUGAUAAACUCCCGUCUUAUAUAAAAUCUUUAAUUUAUUGUUUAUAAUAAACCAAAUACAUGAACACAUGUUUAUAUUAUUGUCUUAUAUGUUUGACAUAGAUAGAUCUCAUUGAGGUUUACACAAAAUUAUGAACGUGAGUGUGUCAAACUAUAGAUGUUUUUAUAUUUUAGUCGAACGAAUAACUAAGGCGAGAGUACAUUGCACCGUUAGCGACAUCGCAUAUAUAAAGAUAGAAAUUUAUUUUAACACAUACAAAAUGCGUGUCGUAAUUACUCUCGCCGGCACGGGAACAUAUUCAGCUUAUACCACAAACACUACCUAAUAAGUACGUAAAAUAAGUCUCGUUUUAAUAUAAGAUUUGUAAUAAAAA